AUGGCGAUCAUCCGUGCUUCUUCAUCUACCGCUCAGCCGUCCGAGUCUCCAGCAGCAGCCCCAGUGGCAGAGCCUCAGGGUCAGUCUCAGUUUCCUCAGCUUCAGCAUUCGCGUGGAUGCUAUGAGUGUGGUGAGCAUGGUCACCUCAGGAGGGCAUGCCCGAGGUUGAGGGGUGCUCAGCUGCAGCAGUCGAGGUCUUGCCACGCUUGUGGUGACCCGAGGCACAUUGUCAGAUUUUGCCCUCGAGCUUCGAGCAACAUUCAGCAUCACGGUUCUCAUACUAGGAUUCAGGCACCAGAGGUUCCACAGCCUGCUCAGCCAGCUAGAGGCGGUUUUUCUUCUUCGCGGUCGCGUGAUGAGGCUCGCGAUCGCGUAAAAGCUUUUGUAGGGGCAGUCCAGAUUGUUCUUCGCGUUCGCGAAGUUGGAGGUGCGAUCGUGUGA